CUCCAUUCCCACUCCAGUUCCUUCCCAGCAUCUCCACCCCCGCCAGUCCCGGGUGGGGGUGGCGGGAGCUCCAGGGUCCCUGGCUUGGGUCCAGCCCACGGCCAAGGGCUGCAGCGGCAAAGGCGGGCGGGGUUUCUGGCCCUGCAGUUUAGGGUUUUUUAUAACCCUGGCAGGCUGCUCAGGAAGUGCCUCCCCGCGCCCCCUCCCCCGGCCACGCCGUGCGCUCCCUCGCUCCCUCCCUCCUUCCCUUCCUGCGCUCUGGCAGCUAGACCGUGGAGGCCACUGCGGACCGAGGCGCCGGCGCAGGUACCGGCGAUCGAUUGAUCGGACCCUCUGGUUAGCAGCGCCCCGGGGAGCUCAAUGAUGCUUCCCAGGCUGUGAAUAGGGGAGGCAGCACUGUGGGGCUGCCAGCAGCCAGGGCUGAAGAGAGACAUGUGGACACGUAGCCCCUAUGGCUCCCGCCUGCCAGAUCCUCCGCUGGGCCCUUGCCUUGGGGCUGGGCCUCACAUUCAAGGUCGCACAUGCCUUCAGAUCUCAAGAUGAGUUCCUGUCCAGUCUGGAGAGCUAUGAGAUUGCCUUUCCCACUCGUGUGGACCACAACGGGGCACUGCUGGCCUUUACACCACCUGCCCUUCGCAGGCAGCGUCGGAGUACAAGGUCCCUAGCCGAGUCUCAACUGUUCUACAAGGUGUCCGCACCCAGCACCCACUUCCUGCUGAAUCUGACCCAGAGCCCCCGUCUCCUGGCAGGACAUGUCUCCGUGGAAUACUGGACACGGGAAGGCUUGGCCUGGCAGAGGGCUGCCCGGGCCCACUGCCUCUAUGCUGGCCACCUGCAAGGCCAAGCUGGCAGUUCUCAUGUGGCCAUCAGCACGUGUGGGGGCCUGCAUGGCCUAAUUGUGGCAGAUGAAGAAGAGUACUUGAUUGAGCCCCUGCAAGGUGGGCCCAAGGGUCCCCGAGGCUCAGAAGAGAGUGGACCUCACGUGGUAUACAAGCGUUCCUCUCUGCGUCACCCCCAUCUGGACACAGCCUGUGGAGUGCGAGAUGAGAAACCAUGGAAAGGUCGUCCUUGGUGGCUACAUACCCUGAAGGCACCACCUGCCAAACCCCUGGGGAAUGAAACGGAGCGAGGCCACCCAGGCCUAAAGCGCUCAGUGAGCCGAGAGCGAUAUGUGGAGACGCUGGUGGUAGCCGACAAGAUGAUGGUGGCCUAUCAUGGGCGCCGAGAUGUGGAGCAGUAUGUGCUGGCCAUCAUGAACAUUGUUGCCAAACUUUUCCAGGACUCGAGUCUGGGAAACAUUGUUAACAUCCUCGUCACACGUCUCAUCCUGCUCACAGAGGACCAGCCCACUCUGGAAAUCACCCACCAUGCUGGAAAGUCUCUGGACAGCUUCUGUAAGUGGCAGAAAUCCAUCAUGAGCCAUAGCGGUCAUGGCAACGCUAUCCCAGAGAAUGGUGUGGCUAACCAUGAUACAGCAGUGCUCAUCACACGCUAUGAUAUCUGCAUCUACAAGAACAAACCCUGUGGCACACUAGGCCUGGCCCCUGUGGGCGGGAUGUGUGAGCGAGAAAGAAGCUGCAGUAUCAAUGAAGACAUUGGCCUGGCCACAGCGUUCACCAUUGCCCACGAGAUCGGGCACACAUUCGGCAUGAACCACGACGGCGUGGGGAACAGCUGUGGGGCCCGUGGCCAGGACCCGGCAAAACUCAUGGCCGCCCAUAUUACCAUGAAGACCAAUCCCUUUGUGUGGUCGUCCUGCAGCCGAGAUUACAUCACCAGCUUUCUGGACUCGGGCCUGGGACUUUGCCUGAACAACCGGCCUCCCAGACAGGACUUUGUGUACCCAACGGUGGCUCCAGGCCAGGCCUACGAUGCAGAUGAGCAGUGCCGAUUCCAGCAUGGAGUCAAAUCGCGUCAGUGUAAAUACGGGGAGGUCUGCAGCGAGCUGUGGUGUCUGGGCAAGAGCAACCGGUGCAUCACCAAUAGUAUCCCGGCCGCCGAGGGCACGCUAUGCCAGACGCACACCAUCGACAAGGGGUGGUGCUACAAACGGGUGUGUGUGCCCUUCGGGUCUCGACCAGAGGGCGUAGACGGGGCCUGGGGCCCGUGGACCCCGUGGGGUGACUGUAGUAGGACGUGCGGCGGUGGCGUGUCGACUUCCAGUCGUCAUUGUGACAGCCCCAGGCCAACCAUCGGAGGCAAGUACUGUCUGGGUGAGAGAAGGCGGCACCGCUCCUGCAACACCCAUGACUGUCCCCCUGGCUCACAGGACUUCAGGGAAAUGCAGUGUUCUGAAUUUGACAGUGUCCCUUUCCGUGGAAAAUUCUAUACGUGGAAAACAUAUCGAGGAGGGGGCGUGAAGGCCUGCUCCCUGACUUGCCUGGCAGAAGGCUUCAACUUCUACACUGAGAGAGCAGCAGCUGUGGUGGAUGGGACACCCUGCCGCCCCGACACAGUGGACAUUUGUGUCAGCGGCGAGUGCAAGCAUGUGGGUUGUGACCGAGUCCUGGGUUCCGAUCUAAGGGAAGACAAAUGCCGUGUGUGUGGGGGUGAUGGCAGUGCCUGUGAAACCAUCGAGGGAGUCUUCAGUCCAGCUUUGCUAGGGGCUGGGUACGAGGAUGUCGUCUGGAUCCCCAAAGGCUCUGUCCAUAUUUUCAUCCAGGACCUGAACCUAUCUGUUAGUCACUUGGCCUUAAAAGGGGACCAGGAGUCUCUGUUACUGGAAGGGUUGCCUGGAACCCCCCAGCCUCACCGCCUUCCCCUGGCUGGGACGACCUUUCACCUGCGACAGGGAGCAGACCAGGCUCAGAGCCUAGAAGCCCUGGGACCCAUUAACGCAUCUCUCAUUGUCAUGGUGCUAACCCAGACAGAGUUGCCUGCACUCCGCUACCGCUUCAAUGCACCCAUCACCCGGGAUUCACUGCCUACCUACUCCUGGCACUACACCCCCUGGACAAAAUGCUCAGCCCAGUGUGCUGGCGGCAGCCAGAUGCAGGUGGUAGAGUGCCGCAGUCACCUGGAUAGCUCUCCCGUAGCUUCUCACUACUGCAGCACCCACAGCAAACUGCCCACAAAGCAACGUGCCUGCAACACGGAGCCGUGCCCACCAGAUUGGGUGGUAGGAAACUGGUCACGCUGUAGCCGCAGCUGUGAUGCAGGUCUGCGAAGUCGCUCAGUGGUGUGCCAGCGGCGCAUGUCAGCUGCAGAGGAGAAAGUGCUAGAUGACAGCGCAUGCCAACAGCCUCGUCCACCUGUGCUAGAGGCCUGCUAUGGCCCAACCUGCCCUCCAGAAUGGGCAGCCCUGGACUGGUCUGAGUGCACCCCUAGCUGUGGCCCUGGCCUUCGCCACCGCGUGGUCCUUUGCAAGAGCGCAGACCACCGUUCCACACUACCCCCCGCACACUGCCCUCCAGCAGCCAAGCCUCCCACCACCAUGCGCUGCAACCUGCGCCGCUGUCCCCCAGCCCGCUGGGUGACCAGCGAGUGGGGCGAGUGUUCUGCACAGUGCGGCCUGGGCCAGCAGCAGCGUGCAGUGCACUGCACCAGCCACAUUGGCCAGCCAUCCCGCGAGUGUGCAGAAGCCCUGAGGCCACCCACCACACAGCAAUGUGAGACCAAGUGUGACAACGUGCCCCCUGGAGAUGGCCCCGAAGAGUGCAAGGAUGUGAACAAAGUCGCCUACUGCCCUCUGGUGCUCAAAUUUCAGUUCUGUAGCCGAGCCUACUUCCGCCAGAUGUGCUGCAAAACCUGCCAAGGCCGCUAGUCACAGGCGGUACCUGGAGUCACCAUGGAGCACAGACUGAGGGGUGGCCAAAAUAUCCCAUCAGAGAGGCCCCAAGGGAGCGGGAGCUGGGAGUGAAGGGCAGAAUACAGCUGAGAAUUAUUUAUUGGGAAACCCUGGUGGGACCCCCUGGCUGAGGGAUGGAUAGGAAUUGGCUACCCUAGAACUCUUCUUAAGCCUCUUGUCUGGUUCACAGUGGAGGGAGUGAACAUCUAUUUGCCCCAGCACCCUUUCCACCCACUCUUAAAGACUCCCAGAUGCUUCUUCACCCUUUUAUAGGAAUAUGUACUGUGAAGAGUGGGGCUAGAAAGGGGUCUGCAGGCGCCCUGCUCCCAGCACUGCCUCCAGUCUGAGCUGUGGGGAAUACUCAUCUGCUAUGGAGAAGCAGGGUACCAUCACCUUCCUGAUACCCUGUCCAGACGGAAUAUCUUACCCCAACCUCCCAACCUCUGACUUCCGUUCCCCAGGCCACCCUCAUUAUGGUGCUAAAAGCCUUGCCCUGGGGCCCACACACUCCUUGUCAGGAAGCCCUACAUUAAUAAAAUUCUGUCUUGUAGA